AUGUCUCACCAAGAUUCGUAUCCAGCGGCAGCCAACGCAAGUAUCCAUAGUUCCUACAUGGACGAUUUCCUGGAUAGCCUGGACGAUGUGGACGAAGCUGCACAGAUGGCAUCCGAUGUUGUGACUAUUCAUCGUAACGCAUGUUUCGAAAUGUGUGGCUGGAUUUCUAACGAUCAAGGAGCAUUGCGUCUUGUACCGACUGAACUGCGCGCCGCCCAACCUAGUGAGAUGUCACUUGGUAGUGAGUCAAGUAGCGUCAGAGCCUUAGGUGUUUCAUGGGAUCCUAUAUCAGACACUAUCGGAUUUAGGACCGGUUUAGAAGGUCUCAUACUACAGGGCAGUUUUAAUAAACGCAAAGUGUUGUCCCACCUCAUGAAAGUAUACGACCCACUAGGUUUGUUGGGCCCAAUAGUGGUCAAAGGGCGUAUACUACUUCAGGAGGCGUGGAGAUCCAAUAUUGACUGGGACACACCAUUUCCACCAUCACAGAUUUUAAAGUGGAACGAGUGGUUUAAGGAACUGUCUGACGUAUCUACAAUUAGGAUCCCACGAUGGUACGCCAAGCUCAAUGGAGAACCUCUACACAGGGAGCUACACAUUUUCGCGGACGCGAGCGAGCUUGCCUUUGCCACCGUCGCUUAUUGGCGCUUAUUGUAUACAGAUGGUACAGUCAAGCUCGCACUCAUCACCAGUAAGACGAGAGUCUCACCUUUGAAGCCCACUUCAAUUCCUCGUCUAGAAUUGCAGGGCGCUUUGAUAGCUUCUCGCCUUGCUGUCACUAUUAAAGAGUUUCAUAAGAAAAAACCUUUACGAACUUUCUUGUGGACAGAUUCAAGAACUGUCCUCGGUUGGCUCAGAAGUGACGCACGAACGUUCAAACCCUUUGUGGCCCAUCGCGUAGGAGAAAUUACAGAAAAUACGCGCGUGCAAGAUUGGAAAUGGGUCCCAACUGAUUUGAACGUUGCGGACGAUGCCACUAGGAUUAAGCCGCUUCAUCUUAAUCCAAACCACCGAUGGUUUACAGGUCCCUCGUUCCUCCUCGAUCCUCCGGAGAAUUGGCCUGUUGAACCAGCUGGUCAGCCUAUAGUCCAGGAAGAGCGGAAGCAGACUUCUGGACUUGUGGUUGGUCAUCUGACAAUUACCGCGGAUUUCAGUCGUUUUAGUGACUGGCUACGAUUACUUCGUGCUACUGCUCGCGUUUUGCAAGCUGCGUCUAAAUUUCGCUCGGCUUUAGAUCGCGUAGGUCGCGUUGCUCCUAGCACCGAUGUUAGGCUUCGUCAACGUACGAAUACACCUACGUCCACCACUCUAAUCCCCCUGACAGCGGAACUUAUGGAAGCCGCAGAAAGGCACGUCCUGAAGAAAGUACAGUCUGAAUCAUUUAGUGACGAAAUCCCAACAAUAGAACGUGGAGAAUUGAUACCAAAGAGUAGUCGCCUGGCGAAGCUUUCUCCCAGAAUGGGGCCAGACAACUUGUUGCACCUAGCUGGCAGAAUCGUUGCCGUACAAGACGUCGGUUCCGAGAUCAAGUUUCCAAUCAUUCUAGAUGGACGACACCCAGUAGUUCGCUUAUUGGUGAAUUUCUACCAUCGCAAGGCUGGACAUGCAAACAAUGAAAUGGUGGUCAAUGAGGUUCGACAAAAAUAUUGGCUUCUUCAUCUGCGCAGUACUGUUCGAAGCGUCACCAGCAAAUGUUUGUUCUGUCGCAUCAAAAGAGCAAAGCCAAUGAAUCCGAUGACCGGUAACCUUCCUCCUCAGCGGCUUGCCCACCACCGCCGCCCAUUCACGUACACUGGCUUGGAUUAUUUCGGCCCGAUAAUUACCAAGAUCGGUCGAAGACAAGAGAAACGUUAUGUGGCAGACCUGUACACCUGCAUGACAUCCAGAGCCGUUCACCUGGAGCUUGUACAUUCCCUUUCUGCUGACGCCGCAAUAAUGAGCCUGCGACGGUUUAUUGCUAGAAGAGGAACUCCCAAUACUGUAUAUUCUGACAACGGUACAUGUUUUAUCGGUGCAGACCGAAUUUUACGAGAAUUUUAUCAGCACGAGGUCUACGAUUUUGCUGCCAAUAGAGGAAUAAAAUGGAGCUUUAUUCCUGCCGCUGCUCCUUUUUUCGGCGGAUGCUGGGAGAGACUGAUUCGCACCAUCAAAGUCGCGCUGAACGCCACAUUACGUGAAAGAGAACCUAAUCCCGAAGUCCUAGUAACUCUCCUUCUAGAAGCUGAGGCAAUUGUAAAUUCUCGACCUCUGACCCAUGUCCCUGUUGGCCCUGAAGACCAGGAAACCCUAACGCCCUUCCACUUUCUAAUUGGCUCAUCUUCUAACCAGGUUCUGCCUGCAACCCUUGACGACCGAGACCUUUUAAGACGUGCUGACUGGAGGAAGGCGUUGAGAUUGGCCGACCACUUUUGGAACCGAUGGGUAAAAGAAAUUCUGCCAACCAUGCAACCUCGCCAGAUAGCGGAGAACAGAGAGCACGACUUGACUGUUGGCGACUUAGUCAUCAUUGUAGACCAGAACCUACCCCGAGGAACCUGGCCACGCGGCCGCGUCGUUGCUACAUUCCCUGGCAGAGACGGAGUGGUCAGGGUGGUGGACGUAGCCACAUCAGGUGGAAUUCUUCGUCGACCUUCUAAAAAAUUGGUCAGAUUAGAGGCAUAA